AUGGGGACUUUACAUUGUCGUCGUCUUCAUGGUUUAAUUUUGCUUCUUGUUCUGUUUCUUUCUUCUGUCUGUAGUUUAGCUACAAUGAUGGACGUUUCAUUACACGGUCACCGGAAACGUGUUCUUUCUGACUCCAAUAUUCAUUCCCCUAGUAGUAACAGUAAUCCAGAUGAAUACACAGUGUGCGCGGAUUCUAGCAACGCUUCCGGUAAGCUACUGCCACCGGAUUUUGAUUGCGACAAAGGAGAUGUUAUCUCAGAGAUCAAAUUCGCCGACUAUGGGCAACCCUCUGGUGCUUGUGGUACAUAUAAACGCGGAAAAUGCGGUGCACGCAAUACAUUGAAUAUCAUUAAAAAGAAAUGUCUUGGGAAAACGAAGUGUGAGUUGCCUGCUCCGGACAAGAUUUUUGGUCCGACUCACUGCAAGGGAACUAUUAGAUACGUUGUUGAAGUUACUUGUAAAAAAACUCAGGUUUCUUGA